AGUUGGAGUAAACGCGGGUCUUGCUUGCUUUGAUGGCAUUACUGCUAUUAUUGCUUUUUCUCAGCUAGCACGGAUUCAUUCAAGGAAUUCACAGCUAGGAUGUACUCGCCAAAAAUUAGUUUAACGCAAUGUCAUCAGACCAGCUGGUCGAGUGGGGACUUGCACCUUGAUCUGAUCUAUGUGAGUCAUCUGACCGCUUAAAGCAGAACCUGGUGAUAUUGUCUGAACAUGAAGGAAUUUUGGUGACUCUUCUGACUCUGCUUGAAGUUGGAGAAACGGGUAGGUUAAAAUUAAGUUGCAGCUAGAGCAUGCAUCAGUUUUAAAAAGCUUGCAGGAGAAACCUAUUUGACCACCAUUCCCAGAAUCCAAGGACAUCCAACUUUUUCACAAGUGUCUUCCUUUUAUAUACACUUCUUGCAAGUAUCAGAAGAAUUUCUACACUCACGUUGGACUGCCGUACUUUUUUUAAUCUUAUAAGUUUGUACCUAGUGAGGAAAGCGCGAUAAAACAUAAAAAAACUUGCAUUAAGUUGUUUAGUGGUGCUUUGGAAACUAAGAACCUUAAUAGAGGAACAAUGCAGUUAAAUCAUUAACUUAUUAUUAGGCCCUUGUACUGGAACGAUUAGGAAACAUGCGGCACCAUUGUGGAAUCAGUAGAAUGGGAGAGAAAGAGAUGAUCAAUUGUAUCUAUGGAGGCAGAAGAUAGUCUUUUGGGUUGAAGUCAAGUCAAUGUUUAGUAAGGUCCAUGCAUUAGUGCACAUAUAACUGAAAGAUGUAUGAAUAUGAUUUAUGUUAAAGCUUUUUUUCUCUUUCUCUUUUUUUCUUUUCCAAUUCAUGGUACAGCUAUGUUACAUGAAUUUCUAUUUCCAAGUGUAUUGGCAUGUUCUUGAACCAAAUGAAUGUCAAUUACAGGUUUUUCAUUUACUGAUUGGGUCUGCUAAUGCCGGUUACUUCGUUUAUUUUGUGUUGACUGUCAUUGCUGCAUGCAGAGGGUGGCUAUGCUGGUCAUACUCUUGUGGUUUUAUAGCCAUGGCCUUCCCCGGUAUUCUCUUCUUUGCUACAUUUCUUCUACUUUUGUCGUUCUGGGUCGACCUUUGCCACCAGGCGGAUGAUGAAGAGGAAGAGGAUGACGAACAGGGCUUUCUAGAAACUUUACUACAAAAUUCAUUGAAUAGACCAAGGUCAUCAAUCGCAGAUAAUCGCAGAAUAUGUUAUCCUUUCCGUUUAAUUCAUGUCGGAAGCCGUCAAAAAAUAGUGAUUCUGGUUACUGUUCUUGUAUUUCUUUUUAUGAUGACAUUUUCUGUGCUAAUUUGGAUUGGGAUGGAAGAGAAUCCUAUUGAAUCUUCAACUAUGGCUCGGGUGUAUGUAGAUCUUUUUGCUGCAGCAGUGCUAUUGUUAGGUGGAGCAUUAGCAUACUAUGGGCUCCAAUUAUGCCAAAAAAUGAGGAAUGUUAGAUCUGAAAGAGCUUCAUCUGAGAUCCAGAAGGUUGCAGGUUUGACCAUUGUAUCUGUUCUAUGUUUCACAUUAAGUGCUUUUGUGGCUUUUUUCACUGAUAUUCCGGUGCUUUAUUACUGGCAUGAACUACACAUAGAGGGAGUUUAUACUUCUCUUUUACUGAUUUCAUAUUAUUUUAUAGGUUCUUCAGUGCCCUCAGCUUUUGUAUUGUGGGUCAUGAGAGAGUUACCACCCGGUUCAAUAGCUAACAUGCAAGAAGAAUCAACGACGGUAACUUUCAUUACUGAUAGUUCAGCUGAAAUCCACCAUCCUCAGAGCUGGACUAUGGCAGCAAGCUCACAGAAUCAGGUUCACAUCCCUUUGCCUCAUUUGUCUAUAGAUUCAGUUUAUUUUCAGAAUUUGCUCAUUCAUACAUAUAUCUGUUCUCAGUGUCAGCCUGAUCUUUAAAAUUUCACUUGUUUAUGAGAUGUGGUCUUUCUAUUAUAACCUGUCUGCAUGGGGAAUUUCUUUGCAUAAUAUUAUCUUUAUAUCAGAUAUACCUCAGAGAAUCGUCUGGUCUUGUCAGGUAUUGGUACAAAAAAUUGCUCAAUUGCUAAUGCUUUCAUUGGUAGCUGAGACUUAAGAAUGAUUUUUUGCGCUGAUGCAUGUUUAAAAAUGUAAACAUUGGAUAGUGUCUGGUGUUCUUUAGGUUCUGAAAAACAUCAUUCCUCUAAUUUCUAUACCACAAUAAGUAAUUAACAAGGCCAGUUUAAAAAUGAUAUAUGGGCCGUGGUUCUUUUGUCUUUACGAUGUGCCUCCUUAGUUGAAGUUAAUCUUGUAUGCAGUUGUUUGUUAUCUCAUGAACUGCUGCAUCUUUCUUGUUUGGUAUUAUUUUUUGCACUGCUACAGCUCCCUUACUUGCUUCAAAGAUGCUCAUUAAGAAGGUUGUAGGAGAUAUAGAAAGACCUUCAGUGACUUGAUCUUUGUUAGCGCAGGUAUCAAGAGGCAGUCCCAUAUAAUUCAUAUAUAAAUUCAUGUGCUUAUCUUCUCAAGUGGGCAACGUGAGUUGGAAAUUGGAACAAUCGGAUCAAAUAAGAGUUUGGAUUGCUCACUGAGCAGCGAUCAAAAGGUUAAAAUUGCUGACUUUGCAGGGCAGUGGAAAUGCAGCCGUACGGUUGCCAUUGCCAUGUUUUUGAAAUUUGGAGCCUGUAAAUAGCAACGGACUGCUAGCUGCUUUUUGUUCAUUCGGUCUUUCAACCUUUUCUUCCCACAGUUGUCCAAUUGUAACGACAUUUGAUAUGCCUCUUUAGUUUCACCACACUCAUAGGUAUUGUUUUAUUGAUAGAUAAAUUAAAGCCAUUAUUGUUGAUCAAGGGUGGUCAUAUGUGCCCGAGUCAAUACUUGGAAAGUAUCUCAUUUUUCCAUUUUUCAUCGUUAAAUUGCUUGAAACCAAUCAAAUUAAGUUAGUUGGCAAAUGGGUUUGACAUGCCUCUUUAGUCUUCACCACACUCGUAGGUAUUGUCUCCUUGAUAGAUAAAUUAAAGCUGUUUCCUUGAUAGAUAAAUUAAAGCCAUUAAUGUUGAUCAAGAGUGGUCAAAUGUGCUCGAGUCAAUACUUGAAUGUAUCUCAUUUUUCCAUUUUCCAUCGUUAAAUUGGUUGAAAACAAUCAAAUUAAGUUCGUUGGCAAAUGGACAAAGGCACUGAAAUUAAGUUAGUUGGCAAAUGGGCAAUGGCACUGAUGUUGCUUUUAUGCAUCAACUGCUGAAAAUAGCCAGCCUUUUCCCUAGAAGGUAGCCUCACAAAGAGUCAACUGUGGGCUACGAAAUUUAUAGGCAAGUAUUAAGCUAAACCCACCCCUGGCAUUUGACAUAAGGCGUGCAUUGUUGGAAUCCAAUUUGCCUGUGGGUGGCCAAUUCUGAUAGGCCAUCCCCUGAAUCUUUGCUGUCCUCCCUUUAGUUUUGUAGGCUAAUGCUUCAUCCUAUUGUUUAUUCAAGUCGUAGAGGAAAGACUUCCCUCUAGUUUCGACAUGAUUUAGCUCUCUACUUCCAUAAACAUAUGAUAUAAUAAGGAAAACUUUGAAUCCUGAAAACUCAUUUACAAGUCGAAAGUGCUGGAGAAGGAAAUCCAACUUGACCAAAGUUGAUGCAAAGCAAUGGGUCCAACAGACGCACAAAACUUGGCACGAGUUAGAAAACAAUAAAAGGUCGUGGUAGCGUGCUACUAACACCACUAUCUACUGCCUCGAGCAGGGAUUGUGGGCCAAAAAAAAAAAA